UUCCAAUCAACAAAGACUAAACCGUUCACAAGCAUAAAUAUUAGCCUCUGAACUAUCUCCUCACUAACCAGCUUCUGUGUCAUUCAUCAGCUUAUUAAUUCCCCAAGGAGAUGGCAGCAACUUCCACCACCAGAAGGCUUGAAGGAAAGGUGGCAUUGAUAACUGGUGGAGCUAGCGGCAUAGGCGAGUGCACGGCCAGGCUAUUUGUCGAACAAGGAGCUAAGGUCCUUAUCGCAGAUGUCCAAGACGAUCUUGGUCAUUCCAUUUGCCAAGAAUUUAACAAUCAAGAAAUCAUCUCUUAUAUCCACUGCAACGUAACUAGCGACUCCGAUGUCAAAAACGCAGUUGACACCGCCGUUUCAAGAUAUGGUAAACUAGACAUAAUGUUCAACAACGCUGGAGUUUCCGGUAGCCCAGGAGCAAACAUUUUAGGAUCAGAUAAUGAAGAAUUCAAAAAAGUAUUUGAUGUGAAUGUUUUUGGUCCUUUCUUGGGAGCCAAACACGCCGCAAGAGUUAUGAUACCGGAAAAGAAAGGUUGCAUACUUUUUACAGCAAGCGCAGUUUCUGUUUGUUUAGGUGAGUCUUCUCAUGCAUAUGCAGCCUCAAAACAUGCAGUGGUAGGUCUUGCAAAGAAUUUAAGUGUUGAGUUGGGGAAAUAUGGAAUAAGAGUAAAUGCCAUUUCACCAUUUACCGUGGUAACUCCGAUGAUGAAAAGUCUUUUGGGGAUAAGUGAUAAGAGAGCAGCUGAGGAAUUUAUUUCUUCAAUUGGGAAUUUGAAGACAGUGUUAUUGGAACCAGAAGAUAUUGCAAAUGCUGCUUUGUAUUUGGCAAGUGAUGAGUCUAAGUAUGUUAGUGGACUCAAUUUGGUUGUUGAUGGAGGUUUCAGUCUCACUAAUCCCUCUUUUGCAAUUGCCAUGAAGAAUUUACAUUCUUAAGAUAUGCUGAUUGGUGUUAUUUUGGUGAGAUUGAGGUGCUUUAAUUUCUGCAAUUAUACCUUUUAUUGGUCACAAAGUGUGUUUUUUUUUUUUUUUUUUUUUUUUUUUUUUUUUCCUUUUAUG